ACCGGCGUUGGCGCAUGCUCAGUGGCUGUUGUUUUGUUGACAGUACCCUUGUAGCAGCUUGAAGGCCGACUGACACAAACAGGGACAUUACAUAGUUUUCAGCAGCUCGUCCGGGUGCAUCAUGUCCGUGAAGCACGCCCUCAGCCGGGGGCUGGAGCUGGGCCGCUCGGUGCUGCAGGGGGGGCUCCUGAAGGCCGGGGGCCGCGUCGCAGCGAAGCUCCGGGCGGAGCGGCUCCGGGCCGAGCCGGCGCUGCGCACCGCCCAGCCCCGGGCUCUGCUGCCGGCCCGGUACCGCUACUACCGCACCUCGCUGCGGGGCCUGGCGGCCCAGCUGCAGUCCGCCGGGCUGUUCAGGAGGUUUGUUGGGGGGGCUCCCCGCAACAGAGCCGUGUUCCUGGCCUUCGGCCUCGGCCUGGGGCUGGUGGAGCAGCGGCUGGACGAGGAGCGGCUGGGGGCCAAGGCCUGCCAGGAGAUCCAGGCAGUGUUUCAGAAGAAGAAGUUCCACAGCUCACUCAAGCCUUUCACAUUUGGAUAUAAACUGGAGGAUUAUGUGAUAGGAAAUCAGAUUGGAAAAGGCUCUAAUGCAGCUGUGUACGAAGCUGCACCUCAGUUUGCCUCCUCAAAGGAAAGUGAAAGGCCGAGCCCCCUGGUGCCGGUGGAAGAGGAUAAAGACGAACAUGAAAGUCGGAGAGUGCGAUCUUUGACGUGCUGCUCUCUGAGAAACUUCCCCCUGGCUAUCAAGAUGUUAUGGAACUUUGGGGCGGGGUCAUCAAGUGAGGCGAUAUUGAGGUCAAUGUCACAGGAGCUGGUGCCGGCGGACCCGGUUGCUUUAAAGCAGGAGAAAGAGCAGAUUACUCUGGAUGGGAGUUUUGGAGUCCUUCCCAAAAGAGUGUCUGCUCACCCUAAUGUGAUCCGAGUUUACCGGGCCUUCACAGCAGACGUCCCGCUGCUGCCGGGGGCCCGUGAGGAGUACCCAGACGUGCUGCCGGCCCGGCUCAACCCUGACGGCCUGGGCAACAACCGCACUCUUUUCCUGGUCAUGAAAAACUAUCCGUACACGCUGCGCCAGUACCUGCAGACGUGCACACCGGCCCGACGGCAGGCCUGCCUGAUGGUGCUGCAGCUCCUGGAGGGCGUGGACCAUCUGUGCAGGCAGGGAGUCGCUCACAGGGACCUCAAAUCAGACAACGUGCUGCUGGAGUUUCACUCAGCAGAUGGUUGUCCCCGUUUGGUCAUUGCUGAUUUUGGCUGCUGUCUGUCCCAGAGUGACUCCAGUUUACAGCUGCCUUUCAGCAGCAUGUGGGUCAGCAGAGGUGGAAACGCCUCCCUCAUGGCCCCCGAGGUGGCUACUGCGAUUCCAGGACACGGCGCGGUGAUCGACUACAGCAAGGCGGACGCCUGGGCCGUGGGAGCCAUCGCCUAUGAAAUACUGGGACAGCAGAACCCGUUCUACGGCGCCGUGGGACUGCAGAGCGCCAAGUACCAGGAGCAGCAGCUUCCUGCUCUGCCCUCCGGCGCUCCCGCUGAUGUGCAGUUGGUGGUGCAGUUACUGCUGCGGACGGACCCCAGCAAGCGCCCUAGUGCUCGCGUGGCAGCCAACAUGCUGCACCUGAGCCUGUGGGGUCAGAAAGCUCUGGCCAACCAGGACAGUGCUGGCCUGAGGAAGCUGCUGGAUUGGCUGCUGUGUCAGUCUGCCGUGGUUCUCCUGCGGGGCUGCGGCGGCCCCGGGGGGACCGGGGUGGAGGCGGAGCUGCAGAGGAGCUUCCUGUGCAACCUGGACCUGGAGGACCUGCUCACGGCCGUGGGCUUCCUGCUGUACGGCCGCCAGCAGCGCCAGGCCUGCAUCCUGUCUGCAGAGAUUCACUGAGAAACGCACAAUCAGGAGCUGCUCACACAUUUACUGGGAGUUUAAUUAAAAAAAAACCGUCUUUUGUGAUCUGUCAGACGUUCACUAUGUAUCUGGUGUGUUUGUAGACAUAAUCAUAACAUGCAGAGCAGACGUACAGUCCUCUCACCCUGAACAUCUCUGAUUUAUUUUUGUUUUAACAUGUCAUUUAUAGUCCAGGGGCCAGAGCCCAAAAGUUCACUGGUCAGCACCACUCAAGGUGACAAAACUUACUUAUGAUUAUUGAAAAGAUCCAUGUCUGUAGAUGAUAUUUUGGUAUGAUAACCUUCCUGAGUGGCAGCUGGAUCAGAGUUAUCACCUCAUGAAGUUCAGAAAAUUACAUUUUAGAUGCUGCUGCAUAUCCUGGUUUAGACUCAUGUUCAGGAAAUCUGUCAAUGUUUCACUAUAUUGUCUUUGGUAUCUUUUUAGGAAUUCAGUCAAGCUAAGAUGUGAAUCUUUCUGACCAACAUAGAGGUCACUGCAGCCCUUUAAACUAUAAACCACACACAUUUUUACACAAUUUUCCCCUAAAUGAUAUACUAUCUUUUAGCCCUGUGUCAUCUAGGAACAACAGAGACACAAAAUACAAAAACUGGAAUACUAUAUAAUAAGGAUUUAGGAAAUGUAUAAUAUCCCCCUACUAUAUUGUUGUUACCGGUCACUGUGAGCCUUAAACUAGAAGAGCAUCAUUAGGCUCCUAUGAAACUAUAACAGUCACUAGGCUGAUGUCACAAACUGGUCUUUAUCCUGCAAAUACACGACAUAAAGGAACCAGCUUAGUGUUAUAAACAAGCAUCUAAAAUGUAAUUUUCUGAAGGGGGUGGGUAACUUCAUGAGCUGAUAACUAUGAUACAGCUGCCACUCAGGAAGGGUUAAGGCUGAUUUAUGGUUCCGCGUUACACCAACGCAGACCCUACGACGUAGGCUCUGCAUCGAUUUAACGCAGAACCAUAAAUCAGGCUUUAUCAUACCAAAAUAUCAUCUAUAGACAUGGAUCUUUUCAAAAAUGAUAAGCAAGUUUGUCACCUUGAGUGCUGCUGAUAUCUGGUCAGGCCCAUGGACUAUUAGCCGCUGAUGACUGUUCCAGUAACGCUGUAGUAGUUGCUGAUCCUCCCACAAGUAUGUGACUGUCUCCCUCAGCAUCAGCUCUCAAAGGGACUCCAGAGUGUCCCCAGCUCCCACAUCCACACGUAGAGAAAUCGCCUCAGUAUCCCUCUUUGUAUUUGUCACUAUGCUAUUCGAAGCAUUUAAAUUACACAGUAACAUUACGUACUACUGAUAAUCCUUCUAUACUGUAAGGUAUUUUCUUUGAAAGAGCUGACUAGUUUAAGAUGUUUGCCAGGAAACGACUGUGGAUGUUUCAAAGUAAUGAAAAUGGAAGCCAAUGUAAAAAAAAAAGGUGGAGAUAUUGUAAAGUAAGAUCGUUUAUUGCACUUGUUAGGCUCUACUGUGUAGGGUGGCAUUAAAGUCCAAAGGUAAAACACUUAGAAUGGCAAUCAAGCAGCUAACUUUAAGGUUGCAGUCACUUCUCUCUUCCAUAACCUUAAUGACAUGAAUUCCUUGGAAAAACCUCACAAAAAAAUGUGUCUAGUAAUUGACCGGCCCAAAGUCUUGGUUUGUUUCUUUCUGCACUUUUGUGUACUUGUUUGCACUUUUCUAGAACAAUAGUAAUGGGUUACUUGUGUUCGUUUGUUGCCAACUUAUGAUACCUAUGAGCUAAUAUAUGAAUAAGGAAAAAAAGGGGUAUCUACAAAGUCUAAAUUUGUUUCUUUGAAAGCUAGCACGAUUGACCACUUAGUAAGGACUGCAAAAUAAAGCGCUGGUAUAUGGUUUCACACCAAAGCUCAGAGGAAUUAUUUUUGGAUAGAUAUAUAUAUAUAUAUAGAUGUAUAGAUUUUUCAGUGCUUCAGAAUAAAAGUAUCAAAGAUCCAUAAA